AUGGCGAGUCUUGUGGGGCAGAAGGCGCCAGAUUUCACCUGCGAGGCGGUGAUGCCGAACGGUGAAUUCGACACAGUAUCACUGCGGUGCUUUGAGGGGAAGAAAUAUGUGUUGUUGUUUUUCUAUCCUUUUGACUUCACCUUUGUUUGCCCUUCAGAAAUCGUUGCAUUCAGCAAAGCAGUGAAAGAUUUCGAAGCGAGAAACGUACAAGUCCUGGGUUGUUCUAUUGACUCGAAAUUCACACACCACGCCUGGCGCUCUCAGGACCUCAAAAACGGCGGCAUUGGCCCCGUAGAAAUUCCUCUUCUUGCAGAUGUUAAGAAGGAGCUCGCCAAGGCCUACGGUGUUCUUCUCCCCGACGGCAUGGCGCUGAGGGGCCUCUUCCUCAUCGACAAAAACGGCAUCAUUCAACAUGCGCUCGUCAACAGCCUCGCCAUCGGCAGAUCUGUGCCUGAAGCGCUCCGCGUUGUCGAUGCUCUGCAGCACCACGAACAAUACGGAGAUGUCUGCCCAGCCAACUGGCAAAAGGGAGAUAAAGCGAUGCGGCCAUCGGCAGCAGGUGUUGCUGAAUACCUUGGCUCCCUCCACUAA